AGCCCACGACCAUUUAUUCGAAAUCGUCUGAGAGCGGAAUUAUUUAAGAAGUAAGGGUUCCAUGGUUUCAAGACUGCACAUUCCUCACAACUGCACCAUCAAUUUGAAACCCACUGCUCUCAAACAAAUUCAAAAGAUGUCAGACAAUCUUGUUAUCGUCGUUACGGGCACAAAUCGAGGCAUCGGAAAAGGCAUCACUACUGUGCUUGCACAGCAAAACUCCAAGCGGCCUCUGACAAUUUACGCCACCUCCCGUACAGGGACCGACACCGGCAUUGACACAAAUUCUCCCAACGAGGUCCGAUACAGCACGCUCGAUAUUACCGAUCGGUCAUCCAUUCAGUCAUUUUUCCAGCAAGUCCUCAAAGAGCACAGCGCGAUCGACAUUCUCAUCAACAAUGCUGCUGUGUCGAACGAUUAUCGCGAGAACCCUGAGUAUGCCGCGCAGACCGUCUGGACGAAUUACGGUGGCACAAGGGACAUGUGCGAAGCCUUCUUGUCGCAACCAAACAUUCGGCCUGGAGCGCGCAUCGUCAACGUAACCAGCGGGUACAACGCAUUGAGUACGUACGGACCCGAAUUGCAAACUCAGUUCCGUGGAGCCACGACAAUCACCGACAUCGACGCACUAGCAAAACGUUACCUCGAAGACAUGAGCAGCGGUCUUGACGCGCAGCAGAGUGCUGGAUGGGGCCCCGGGGCCCGUAGUUACAAAGUCAGUAAAGCGCUUAACAGUAUUCUCACUGUUGUCCUUGCGCGACAGCACCCGGAUGUCUUGGUGAAUUGCUGCUGCCCCGGGUGGGUCAACUCGGACAUGGGAAGGCAAGGGAAAGGCACGCCACCGAAGACGUUGGAAGAAGGCGGGCGCACGGCGGUUCGACUGGCUAUUGGCGACUUGGGACCUGGAGGCGAUGAGGAUGGCGGGUUGUGGAAGGAGUCGGACAAGCUGAGCGGGAGGUUUUACGAGAACAAGAACAUUAUAGUGCCAGGGUGGGGGACAUCAAAAUUGUGGCUCGAGUUGUAGUGCAGGCUACUUUGUUUCUCAGACGCGAUUGUGCGGGUAUGAUUUGGAGACGAAGAAUACUAUAGCUGAAGGACCCCCAUACAGUUCCACGAGAUAUGGUGAUGAGACAAGAGAACUAACAAUCGUGUACCAUAGUAUAUUUUAGAUACGCGGGCAUGCUUAGUCCCGGUGAGCAUGCCAAGAAGCUCCCAAGACAACAACCCCGCAAUCGCAAUGGUAACGAGUCACGUCAGUACAGG